AUGUUGUGCGUGAGGAAGAGCGGUGACACAGCGGCUUUCUGUAGUCUGGGUUCAUUUCUCUCGGAUACGCGAAGUACCCGAACUGACGACGCACCUUGUGUAGUAGGUGUUAUAGCUAUCCUGGCACUGCCAUUGGGCCUGGUGUCAUCUAACCAGGAGCUGUUCCCUAGCUACGCACCCCAGGACCCGGUAUCCAUGACAACGGCACCCCAGAGCGCCCCCCUCCCUGCCCCGACCCACGCCCCCCCAGACACACAGCAGGAGGGCUCCAGCAGCGGGGACUGGCCCACGCAGGGGGGGGGUGCGGGCAUCAUCCUGCCCACUGCCGCCCUCACUUCCCUGGGCUGGCAGCAUGCCCUCCCCACCAGCCUGGUUCCCUCCAGUAAAGACAGCUUCUUAAGCGCUGCAGAUCAAGUCAACCCCAACACUGUGAGCUCUGCCAGAGCCGACCCCGUCAGCCUCAUUCUGCAGAGUGAGCCCCAGCCUCAGCCCCAGCCUCAGCCCCAGCCUCAGCCCCAGCCCCCUGGCUCUGAUCUCACCAACUCGGUCAAUGUAGCUGAUGCUGUUAGCCCAGAUACAGAUCCUCCUUCCUGCACUAACCAGGCCAGCGGCCUCCCCAGCCACCCCUGCACUGCUGGCCCACACAGCGAGGAGGCGUCCAUUCACUCAGGCUCCACCCUGCCCCCCGCCCCUGCCCCCCCCACUGAGAGAGGGGACACACUGGGUAGGGAGAGACCCCGAGCCUCCCCAGCCCCCAGUCUGGACCCCCAGGAUCUGAAUAUAGAGGAACCCACCAACCCUAGCCAGCCGCUCCUCACCACUGAGCUCCAGCCUUCAUCCCUCUCCUCCUCCUCCUCUUCCUUCUCCUCCUCCUCCAGGGCGGAGGCCGAUACUGUGCGAGACCAGACACUCAGGGAGCCCGCUCAGACCAGGCUCGAACAGGCCCCGGCCCAUGCCAUCACACUGCGUGAGGUGCACCCCAGUCUCAACGAGCCCCCCACCUCGGAGCUACUGGUGGUCAGCCCCUCCGACAAGGCUCCUCCACCCUCCAUCCCCCCUCCCUCUCCCCCAGAUUCCCUUCUCACCCCUACCAGCCUAGCCCCUGAGCUCAAGCUCCAUCCAGUAUCAACCACCACCACAUUUGUCAACACAACUGAGGAAGCUGCCGGUAGCAAGGAUGCCCCUCCCCCUACUACGCCGCCUCAGGGUAACGUCACAGUAGAACACGGCCCCCUGGGGAACGCCACCGAGGGGGGGCUCCUCUCAAACAGCUCAGCCCCGGACUCCCCAGGAUCCCAGGGGAACAGCUCAGCAGACUCCGAGUCCCCCUCCACCGCCAGUGGCAACUUCCUCAACCGGCUGGUGCCCGCCACCACGCGGGACCCCUGGGGCCCGGGGAACGGGUCAGGGCCGGCCCUCGACUCCUCGCUGGGGCGCGCCACCAUCUGCCUCAGCAGGAUAGACAUUGUGUGGAUCGUGCUGGCCAUCAGCGUGCCUGUGUCCUCGUGCUCGGUGCUGCUGACUGUCUGCUGUAUGAGGAGGAAGAAGAAGUCCUCCAGCCAGGAGAACAACCUGAGCUACUGGAACAACGCCAUCACCAUGGACUACUUCAGCAGGCACGCCGUGGAGCUGCCCAGGGAGAUCCAGUCUCUGGAGACUGCUGAGGAACAGGAGACUUGCCUCCCCCCUAAUGGAGACUACAGUGAUAGCGGCGUGGUACUGGUGAACCCCUUCUGCCAGGAGACACUCUUCAUCAACAGAGACAAAGCCUCCAACAUUUAGAGACAAAGACAACGAUGGCCACAUCAUCCUGCACUAGCACGAGACUGUCAAAAUAAAAGUCCCCCUCCCCAAGGCUUACUCCUUUUCUCCCCUCCUGCUGUCGCUGUCAUUUUUAUACAUGUGGUAAAUCUUCAGAGACUCUGUGCUUUAUACUGUAUAUUACGACUUCAAAGAAAUAGAGGAAGGCUGAAGUAAACACAGUAUUUACUAGGAGAGGGAAUCCAACAAUAUUUUUCUGAUGUAAAUUUUCUACAAAUGCUUAAUUGUGAUAAAGGUUUUUAUGUUUUUAUAAAGAUACACAACGUUUGUGGUUUCAGUUGUGUUACAGUGGCUUGAUGGUGAGUGCAUUGUGGAUGUUGCCACUUUCUGCUUUGGAGAGAAAAUGCUGUAGAAAACAAACAAAAAAUAUACACAUUUUAAUUUCUUUAUAAUCAAACCCAAAACACUUAUUAAAAAAGCCUGUUGAACUUGAAUUCUGCACCUACGUACUUGGGGGGGAUACAGAGGUUGAGAGUAAGGUUUUAUGAGAUUGGGUUUUAGUAGAGAGAAAAUACAGUGUUGCAGUUUGAUCUGUUGUCCCUGGAGGGGUGCAACAAGGAGGACAGAAGAAGAAAUAGCAUAGAGGUCUGGGGUGUCUGCAGACCGAAUGGAGGUGACCUAGAAUGGCUUUUCCCCUUGUGUUUCACCAGCCUCUCUGCUGAGGGACCACAUAGAUGUCUUAACUUCAUUUGUCAAGCUGUUUAAGCAUUAUAUGUGCUACUGUAGUUUGUGUGUGUGUGUGUGUGUGUGUGUGAGAGAGAGAGAGAGAGAGAGAGAGGGAGAGAGAGAGAGAGUGACGAGAGUCAGAGAGAGUGUGCAUGUAUGUAAGUGUGUCUUACAAUUUUACAUAAAACAUAUAAAUUGCAAGUGCGGAAAGUCACACAUAACCGAAUAAGGUCAUUAUAGGAAUUUAUGUUAAAAAUGACACACAUAGAACACUCUUUUUCAAAAUACAAAGAUGUGAUACACAAUUUCAAAGCUUCAAUGUUCCAUUAUCUUUUUUUAAAUAUAAUUGCCUAAUUUAAUGUGUUUGUUUUAUUACAUUAAAUGAUUUGUUAUGAUAUACUAUGAUAUAAUGAAACUGAGCACAUGAUUACUGUUCAAUUAUACAUGCCGAUAUAUCUAAAUGUUUGUUCAAUGUAUGUAUGUGUGUGUGUGGGUGUGCGUAAGUCUGACUGCUAGCCUGUCAGUCUAUCUGUGAGGAUUGGUGUGUCAUGGAGUGAUGGUUGAGGUGUGCAGUGCAGGGGAGUUUCAAAUCCUCACCAUCCUGAAAAAAUAGUUUGACCAAACCUUUUCCAUUCUCCCUCCAUAAUUAGGCAACAGUUUUGUGAAUGCAAAUUAACUGUGUGUAUUACUGUAAUGUACAGGUAUAGAAUGGUGUGUGAUUAUAACUGACCAAUGAAAGCAUUGAGCUAUUUUAUCCUGAAUAUUUACUGUGAGCACAUGCAGACAUAGUUUAAACAUUUGUUUGAGUGCUCUUUUUUUUGCAUCAAAUUACAGUCCUUUAUCAUCUUUUACUUUAGCUUGUUUCAUAUUCUGUCUCUCUGAUAUUCUGUUGAAUAGCCUACUGCCUGCCUUUGUCUGGUAUUUCUUUUUUGAGAAUUGUUGACCAGCUCAAUCAUAAUCAUUUCUGUUGGAGGUUAUGUUGAAGUUCUGUUACACACAUACAGGCUUGCUUGACGUUUUUCAUUGCAGUGGGCUUAUGAGUGAAUACUUCACAAUAUGUAGAACGGUUAAGGGAAGGUGUGGCAGUAUCUUGUGUUCAAUGUUAGGCAUAUGUCUUUUUUGUAUCGUAGCAUACACUGUGUACUUUUUACUGCUGAGCAAUAAAAGACAAAAGCUUGGGAA